UUUUAGGAUGAAAUUAUGAUUUCUUUUCAAAGGGAAGCAUUUUAUUAUAGAAAUAGAAGCGUGGAGCCUUCGGAUACAUAUCAAAGCAACUUUAUCGAUCAUGAUGGUAGUUAUGACCAACGCUUGGUCUUCGCCCGCCAUCCCCAAAUUGGAAGCCGACGAUUCUCCCAUUCCUAUCACCGAAGACCAAGGAUCAUGGAUUGUGGCGAUACAGGCAGUUGGUGGAAUCUUUGGACCGAUCAUCACCGGUGUCGCGGCGGAUCGAGUCGGACGAAAAUGGACCCUUCUAAGCGCGGUCAUACCGACAUCGAUCGGUUGGAUUUUAAUUGGACUUGGCGAUGCAGUUGGAUAUUUGUACGCCGCAAGAUUUUUGUUCGGAAUCGGCUAUGGAACGGCUUACUCAGUGUCGCCCAUUUAUUUGGGUGAGAUAACAUCGGACGCUAUUCGUGGAUCGUCCGGAACGAUGAUAACCGUACUUGCGAAGAUAGGGUUCAUGGUGAUGUAUUGUAUUGGUCCAUACUUGGAGUACAGGACACUGGCGUGGGUUUCAAUGAGUGGUCCUGCCCUAUUCGUGUUAACUUUCAUGUGGAUGCCUGAAACGCCUUACUAUCUAAUUGGAAAGAACAAACCGGAACAGGCGAAAGAAAGUCUCGUCUGGUUUCGUCGAUCUUCAAUGGUUUCUGAUGAACUAGAAAUUAUGAAACUGUCUGUGGCAAAGUCAAAUCGAGAAAAGGGAACAUUGAGUGAACUGUUCACAAGGGCGUACCGCAACCACAUGCGGAUUGUAUUUAUUUUGGUGUUUAGCAUGCAGUUCACUGGAAUACUUGCAAUUCUUGGAUACGCUCAAACGAUUUUUGGAAAAAUUUCUACAAAUUUGAAACCAGAAGAGAUGUCCAUUGUAUUGGGAGCUGUCCAACUUGUGGCCGUGUUGUUUCCCGCUGUUUUGGUUGAUCGAAUGGGUCGCCGGCCGUUGCUGCUGCUUUCUACAGCAGGAACGACAUUGGGACUACUGGUUUGCAGUGUGUAUUUCGCUAUCGCAGGAGAUGAUUACCAAGGCAACUUAGGAUGGAUCGCAUUCAUUGCACUCAUGUUCUACAUAGUGUUCUAUGGCGCAGGAUUGGCUACAGUGUCGUUCGCCGUGUUGACAGAAAUAUUUCCGAAAAACAUCCGGACCUAUGCAAACGCCACGUUUACAAUCGCGAGUGCUGUGGUCAUUUUUGGGAUCGUUAAACUUUUUCAAGCGACGCUAGAUAACGUUGGGGCAUAUCUACCGUUUGGAUUGUUUGCGCUCAGUGGGGCUAUCAGUGGAGUGCUUAUCUACGUGUACAUUCCGGAGACGAAAGGCAAGUCUUUGGACGACGUUCAAAGGAUAGUGGCGAGGGUACGCACCGCAGAUAACUGGUGAUAUGGA